AAGUUAUUAUAGUCGAAUUUCAGGUUAACCUGAAAUCGAAAAAAUCAUGAUUGGCUUCUAUACGAUCUUGUUCCUGGGAUGCAUCGGUGCAGUUGUGGGAGAUGCACCACCUUAUGUCCAAUCAUCUGAGGCCUUUAUGUACGCCAAGACCUUCGUUUCCGAAAAAUUACCUAUCCGUAAAAUGGACAUCCAUAAGGCAUCAGAUAGACCGCACCUUUCAUUCGCCAUGCUAACGGGUGUUACUGGUGGCCUCGUGUUAUUAAAAAAUGAUACAAGUCACAAAAAAACACCCUUGGAAGUUGUUGAGGAAUACGUCCCAUUAGUUUGGCAUGCUUAUAGCGCCGUUUCCCAAAAAGCACAAAGCGUUUUGAACGAUGCGAAUCAUAAAGUUUCUCUGAUAGUCAAUCUCAUAAACACUGUAUGUGGAUCAGUGAACGUAGAAGAAUGUAACGCACAAGUCGAGGCAAAAGUAAAUGAUUCACCUCUUAUCUACCAACGAUCUGCGGAUCUCCUCUUAGCACUGGGCAAAGUUUCAGUUGUGAUAAGAGAUAACGAAUCGACUAUCAACUCAAUCAUUGAAAACGAUAAUGAUAUUCCAUACCUGAUACAUAAUGUCGAAACGAAACCAUUCCUUGCUUUCGUAGAAUUACUUAAAAUCGUUCACGCAGACUUAAACGAACUGACGUAUAGAAGAUUUUUAAUCGAUUCGUAGAUAUAAAUCAUACAUGAUUUUGAAUAAAUAUAUUAUAUGAAGCAUUUUAAUAAA